CAACUCACCGACGCCAGUGCUUUCUUUCUUUUCUAUGAUGAGCACGUUCCAAACUCAUUUUAUAAUCAAACCCCAACUCACUUCUUCUCCAUGAUCUUCCUCAAUUGUUAAUCCUCACUUUCCCGACCAUUCGCCGCUACCUCCACCUUCAACAACAACAACAAACGCUUUUCCUUUCUUUUUGUUUCUUUCUUUCUUUUUCUUUCUCUGUGUUUUCUCCAUCUUCGAAAUUGGAUCACAACCAUCCCCACAAGUUUUCUCCGAUUCCAUUACUCCAACCUCUUCAAAAACCCACACAUGCUCCUCCAUUUCCCAAUCUCAAUCGCAAUUUCAUAGCUAGCUUCUAAGUUUCCCAAUCUGGGUCCGUUCUUCUCUUCCUCCAUUCCUUAAACACACAUCAAUAAAAACCAUCCAAUUAUGUAACUGUACCUCUUAGCACCUUCAAACCCCCCAACAAAAAAACCCAAAAAAAUUUUGUUUCUCCUUACAUUGCAAAAAAUUAUGUAGUGUGUCAAUAUUCACUAUUCUAUCCAAUUGCUUGAAUUAUUGUUAGUUCUAUUUCUAUUUAUAAAAUUUGAAGAAAAAAAAAAAUGCCACCAGCUGUGGAAGAAACUGAGAUUGGGACUCCAACAUCGAUGCCGGCUACUCCAGAAACACCGGGAGGGCCGCUGUUCACGUCGCUCCGAAUCGACUCGCUGGACGCUCGCGGGUCGUUCACGGGGCCUCGGUGCAUGUGUCUGCCGCCGAAGGCUCAUACGUGCUUGACUGAUUUCUCUGCUGGUAUUGGGAUUGGAAUUCCGAGUGUGCCUCUUACUCAAAAGAUUCUAGCAGAGUUUGUGGGGACUUUCAUACUGAUAUUUGCAGCAACUGCUGGACCAAUAGUGAACAACAAGUACGAUGGAGCAGAGGGUCUGAUGGGAAAUGCAGCUACUGCAGGAUUAACAGUGAUGUUCAUCAUCCUCUCCAUUGGCCACAUCUCUGGUGCACACCUCAACCCUUCCCUCACCAUCGCCUUCGCGGCAUUCCGCCAUUUCCCGUGGUCUCAAGUGCCGGCAUACAUAGCAGCACAAGUCUCUGCCUCCAUCUGUGCCUGUUUUGCUCUCAAAUAUGUUUACCAUCCUUUCUUGUCUGGUGGAGUCACUGUCCCUACUGUCGACAUUGGACAAGCUUUUGCAACUGAGUUUAUCAUCACUUUUAUUCUCAUGUUUGUGGUUACUGCUGUUGCUACUGAUAGUCGCGCGGUUGGUGAAUUGGCAGGUAUUGCUGUUGGUGCUACAGUUUUGCUCAACAUUCUCAUAUCAGGGCCAACAAGUGGAGGUUCCAUGAAUCCGGUGCGCACCUUGGGACCAGCCGUUGCAGCAGGAAAUUACAAGCAUAUCUGGAUAUAUUUGGUGGCUCCAACACUUGGUGCUCUUGCUGGUGCUGGUGUUUACACCCUUGUCAAGCUGCGUGAUGAUGGUGCUGGACCACCACAACAGGUUAGGAGCUUCCGUCGCUAGAUCUAGCUUGCUAGCUACGGAAACCUCAUCCCCACUGCUCAUGUUUCAAGCCUCCCUGUAUGAUAGAACCUAUAGAAUAAAUAAAAUGUGGGGACUCCUUAUGAUUGAUCAAGUGUGUGAAUUUAUGUGUGUUUUUCUUUGUGUUAUCAUCAUGUACGUCCUGGAAAUGUUUGUUGUUGAUGUUGAUUUACUUCAGAGCCUGGCUAUAGCCAUGCUUUGUGUUGUGGUUUGUAAACUUUGAAAUUAGUAAUAAGUUUUGUUGUGUGAGA